AUGUCGGUUGUUAGUGUUGAUCUACUGGCUCUCGCUAGAGACGCAACUUACUUCACAACCCUCUCGGCUACCAAUAUCACAACACCAGUUAUCUCACUCUUGAGCUACCAUCCAGACUUUCAGACCGUCCUAGGAGAAAAUGCCACAGCUCGCAAAAUCGCCGAUCUUCCGUGGGAAGCAUUCCAUGAAGCUGGCAUCUAUAACAAGAAAGACAACUCACUCUACAUAACUUCCAAUUACCAGAGCUUGGAGGACAACAUCAACAUCACAAUUGUCUCUCUUGACGACUAUUCAAUCACCAGCACUCAAUUUCCCGAUGUAUGGGAAGCAAAUGGGGGAACAUCAUAUUACCCUCCCGGCGCAGACCAAUCGCAAACACCUCCCCAGCAAGUCUACUGCGACGAAGGCGACUUCGAGCACUACUCGCAACUCGUCGCCGUCGACCCCAAUACCAACACCUCCACAAUUCUGCUCACCAGCUUCAUGGGCCGUAAUUUCUCCUCCAUCAACGACGCGCGACAACAUCCUGUGACAGGAGACCUCUGGUUCACCGACGCAGAUUAUGGAUACUACCAAGAUUUCCGGCCAGCGCCAUCUCAGCCCAAGCAAGUCUACCGAUUUGAGCCUCAGACGGGAAUCAUCCAAGUAGUUGCCGAUGGAUUCGUUGAGCCCAAUGGACUGGAGUUCUCGCCAGAUUUGAAGACUCUGUACGUGACCGAUACAGGCGCCCAGCAAUUUGCGUUCAACGGCACGAGACCAGCAACAAUCUAUGCGUUUGACAUCGAUUGUGAGAAGAGGCUCACCAAUCGCCGGACCUUCGCAUUCUCAGAUAUUGGGUUUCCGGAUGGGAUUCAUUGCGACACGGAAGGCAAUGUUUGGGCCGGUGCUGGGGAUGGCGUGCAUGUAUGGAAUCCGGAGGGAAUCCUGCUUGGGAAAAUAUUCAUUGGGGAGACGAGUAAUAAUUUUGCGUUUGCGCCGGGAAAAGUUUUUGUUUUCUCGAAUUCGAGGCUUUGGGUUGUGGAGAAUGUGAAGGCGCAGGGCAGGGAGGUGUGUAAGGAUUUUGGGGUUGGGUGCGAGAAGUACAGAUGGGAAUGA